AAAGAAGAAGAAAGUGCCGCGUCACCCGGAAGUGAACGCGGAAAUGAAAGGUAAACAUGGAGGAGCCAAGAACCGCAGGCAGCUCCGACUCUCUGCUCAGCGAGGAGUGGUACGUGGACUUUGUGGCAGAGGAGUUUGAUGUGAAGGCUUACACGGCUCAGGCCAUCCACCAGGCGGUGAUCAGCGAGCAGCUGGCCCGACUCGCCCAGGGCAUCAGCCAGCUGGACAAGGAGCUGCACUGCCAGGUAGUGGCCCGACAUGAGGACCUGCUCGCUCAGGCUACAGGGAUCGAGUCUCUUGAAGGGGUCCUUCACAUGAUGCAGACCAGGAUCAGUGCUCUGCAGGCAGCUGUGGACAGAAUAAGAAAUAAGAUUUUAGAUCCAUACAACAAGAUUAUGGCCCGGAUUACACAGCUCUCCAGACUCCAGAUGGCCUGUGACCUACUGCGUAGAAUCAUCCGUAUCCUGUACCUGAGUAAGAGGCUCCAGGGACAGCUCCAGGGGGGCAGCCGUGAGAUCAGCAAGGCCGCACAGAGCCUCAACGAGCUGGAUUACCUGUCCCAGGGUGUGGACCUGAGUGGCAUAGAGGUAAUAGAGAGCGAGCUGCUCCUGAUCAGCAGAGCUCGGCUGGAAGUGGAGAACCAGGCACACAGACUGCUGCAGCAGGGCAUCGAAAUCCAGAACCCCACACAGGUGGGCACAGCCCUGCAGGUGUUCCAUAACCUGGGCAGUCUGCGGCAGACGGUGCUGGCUGUGGUGGAGGGGCACCAGAACAGUGUCAGGGAAAAUAUCCGAUUUGCUCUGGAGAUCAGGGGCCUGACUCAGUCUCACACCAGAGGUGCUCCUGGUCGGGCCAUGCUGCCCACGCCUGGCACCACGGCACAGUUCCGGGCUGCCUUAUGGACCAACCUGGAGAAGCUGAUGGACCAGAUCUGCGCAGCCUGCAGACAGGUACAGCAUCUUCAAAAGGUUCUGAUCAAAAAGAGGGACCCAGUGAGUCACGUCUGCUUCAUUGAUGAAAUCAUCAAGGACGGGCAACCAGACAUCCUGUGCACCUUCUGGACCAAUGUGACAGACACACUGAGCAAGGAGUUCCACAGAGCUGCAGAGGCCUCGUCGUUUCUGAAGCAAGCAUUAGAAGGAGAAUACCCAAAGCUGCUGAGGUUAUUCAAUGAUCUGUGGCGUCGCCUGCAGCAGUACAAUGGCAGCCUGCAGGGGGCGAUACCAAGUGGCACGGAGCCUGGUCUGGACCUGAGCUCCACUGAGUCAGAGGGACAUGACCUCUUCACCUACGCACAACAGGACUACAACCCGGAGAGAGCACUGAAGGACUGCCUCCAGCCCUACGAGUCAGCCUAUCUGUCCAAGUCUCUGUCACGCCUCUUUGACCCAAUCAAUCUGGUGUUUCCUCUGGGAGGGUACAACACGCCCUCCACUGAAGAGCUCGACAGCAUCGUGCGCACCAUUAGCAGUGAGCUGAGCGUGGCUUCGGUGGACCCACAGCUGUCCCUGUCUGUGGCCAAGAACGCAGCCAAGACAGUUCAGCUCUUUUGUGUCAAGUCCGAGCAGCUGUUGUACACGGGGCCGGAUGCUACGCAGGUGAUCGGCCCGCUCACCGAAGGCCAGAGGAGGAAUGUGGCGGUGAUCAACAGUCUGCAGCGGCUGCACCAGGCUGUCCUCAGGGUCCUCUCCAGUCUGAGCUCCUGUCCGGCUGCUGCUGUGGAGUCUCUUUCCUCCUCACUACAGGGUUUGCAGGUGCUGAUGGGCAACGCAGUGCAGCCUCUGCUCCAGUCUGUCAGUGACUCCAUCCAGGCCAUCCUCCUCACCCUGCACCAGGAGGACUUCUCUGGAGGGCUGUCCAGCGCUGACAAACCUGAUGUGCCCUGCUCACUGUACAUGAAGGAGCUUCAGAGCUUCAUCUCACGUGUGAUGGCUGAGUACUUCCAGAAUUUCCAGUGUGUAGACUUCAUCUUCGAGCGCACAGAGAGUAUUGCACAAGGCGCCAUCCAGAUGUUCAUCCGCCACGCCAGCCUGCUGCGCCCUCUGGGCGAGGGCGGCAAGAUGAGGCUGGCUGCUGACUUUGCUCAGAUGGAGUUGGCUGUCGCUCCGCUGUGCAGACGCGUCUCAGACCUGGGGAAGGCCUACAGAAUGCUCAGGUCCUUCAGGCCGCUGCUCUUCCAGGCUUCAGAGCUGGUGGUGUCUAACCCGGCCGUGGGAGAACUCAUCCCCUACAGCACGGUCCUGCACUUCCUCUUCUCCAGGGGCCCCCCAGAGCUAAAGGGCCCACACCAGAGGGCAGACUGGUCUAUCGCACGAUACUCCCAAUGGCUAGAUGACCACCCGUCGGAAAGAGACCGCCUCACACUCAUACGAGCAAGCCUGGAGGCCUAUGUCCAGUCGGUGAGAGCCCGGCAGGGGAAAGAGUUUGCCCCCAUCUACCCCAUCAUGCUCCAAGUGCUGCAGAGGGCCAGUGCACCGACCGACGCCCGAGCCUGACCAACACACCCAUGGGCACAAGGACUGUGGUUUUAAUCUGCAUCUGACAGAUGAAUAUUUUCUUUAUUCUGACAUGGUUUGGUGGGAUGGUACUCAAGGUAAAUAUUAAUAAUUUUGUAAGUCAAGUGUCAGUACUUUUUCCUCACAAACUAACAGCUUAGAAAAUACAUGCAGUGUAAGUUCUAGAAUUCCUCUACCUGUUAUCAAUGCCUCAAUUUAUGCACAAUGAUUUAAUAAACUUUCCUGUCAAAUCAUAAGAGCUGUGUAAUGUUGACAGGUUUUAGCUUUUGGUAACAGUUAUGAAAUUACUCUGCCUUGGUCACGGGCAGAUGUGACAAACAUGAAGUAAAAUGAGAAACUUGACCAAAACUACAAAAGACUAGUCAUGAUUUGUGUAAUUUUAUCAUUUUAAACUACAGGUUAGGGAAAUAAAGCUCAUAUGACGUGUCAGACUUAAGUUUUACUAUGAGUAAAAUAAAUGUCUGAAAAACAAGGAAAACAUUUUAUUUACACAGGUGAACAUUAAAUGCAGACACAGCAGCAGUUGUACAGUUGUUUGGGGGUGGAGGGUGCUUUAGAUGGGCCACUUCCACUGGUUUGGGGGUGGCUCUUCCACCAGCGGCUCCCAGGCCUUCCACUCACUCAUCUUCCGAGACAGGCUCAGCUCACACUCCGCCUGCAUGACAAGGAUUUAACUCAGUCACAAACAUUCUGUUAAAAAAGCCUAUAUUGCACCAGUUUCUGAUCUACACUAAACUUUCCACCCUGUGAUGUGGUGAUACAGGAAACAUUCCACUCUGUGUUUAAUCUCCAUACACCUUCACAAGAACCUUUUGGAUGAUUUCAGAUUUAACGUAAAAUGUAGCUGUUAACUUAAACUACCACUACAUGACAUCACAAGGUAGGGGUGUGCAAAAAAUAUCGGAAUAUCGAUAUAUCGUAUCGUUUAAAGUGAUAAUACAGUAUCGAUAUCGAGUAUUAUUAGGUGUGUUUUACUAAAUUAUUUUGUUACAGUGCUACAGUUUUGUUGCUUGUGAAGUGAAAGGAAACUCAUUUAUGCCACACAUUUGACAUUUUUACUGUUUUGAGAAUUAAAAUGUUUGUGUUUCAUAUGAACUUUGCAUAAGAAGUGAUUUAACAAAGCCCUUUAGUAUCACAGCCACGAUUUAGCCUUUAUUUUUUAUUAAACCGUAUCGAAUCGGCAGCUCCUUAAUGAUACCCAGCCCUAUCACAAGGUGGAAAAGAGCAUUUUGAGCUUUGGAGAUGAAGACAUCAUAAUACAGAGUUAAACAACAAAACGUCUCCAGGUAUGUUUUUGAGGGCAUGACUUAAAGAUAGAAGAAUCAAUUUGUGUAAUAUAGGACCUUUAACAAGACAAGGAACGUUACAAGUCCCCAAAUCUAUUCUUCCAGCUUUUAUAUAUUGAACGAUUAGUCAAGAUAGUAGAUCUGCUAUUAAUCUUACAGUAUGGGCCCAGCCAGCUGCCUAAAUGUGCAUGAAAACACAAAUACAUAACCAAGAAUACAUGAACUUAUGAAUCUUUAAAAAAAAAUGGCAUAUAUCGUGAGUCACAUGGUAAAAGUUAUUUUUGACAUCCCUGGGUGUACCAUGAUAAAAAUUUUCAGCUGUGAGCCUCUAUGGAGCAGUUUACCAGCUGCAUCUGAGGAGGACGCCACACUAACUGUUUCCCUACUGGACCAAAAUAUUUAACAAUGCAGCGUGUAAGGAGGGACGCGUGUGUAUUGAGCGAACAAUUCAAUAUUAAAUCAAAUAUGUUGCAUCCCUAAUGAGUUUGUACAGAAUUCUGAUUAGACCAUGAGGAAAAUUACCAAAAUCAGAUAAACAUAUUGGCCCAAAAAUAUCAGCAGAGGUCAUCAGGCAUCGAUUCCUCUGGUUUCUCAAACAAUCUGUAUCAUGAUCACACUCACAGGCUAUAUAUAUUUUUUUUAUGUAGCUUCAUCUUCACCAAUACAUUUUUAUAGAGUAAAUGCAUAGUCUGUUUAUGGAGUAGGGCCAAAAAUUUAUCUUAAAAAAGGUCAUAAAUUAUACUUUCAUCUUGUGGAAAUGUUAAACACCAAGUAACCAUUUUUAAUCUGUAAACAUUUUAUCAGUAUUUAACAGUACAGGCAAUAAGGCAUUUUUUACUCCCCAAAUUGUAUUCAAUAAAAUGUUUUGAAUAUG